AACGGUUUAUUUAACUUAUCUCACUUUAUGUUUGUAGCUCAAAAUGUGAUUCAUAACUGAUGUGCUUUAUGGCCAACGUUUUCACCGGAAUUAGAAAUUUCAGAGUGCUGUAUAAAAUAAAAUGAUAACAUCCCUCGCAAAAUUUCCAAGAUAAAGGUAACUUGUAUGCUUUGGUUCCAUGAUUAUUUUUUUUUUGGUUGCGCAGAACUUGAAGGGGAGGAGCGGACAGAAGCCUCUUAUCCAGACCAUGCUGCUCUCUCCCGCGGCUGAGCGCAGUCAGGACGGCCUGCUGUCGGUGCUCUGGGAGCUACUGGAGGAUCGGUCUCACCGUGAGCUGUUCGGUCUGGAGUUGGGCUCGGGCACCGGGCAGCACGUGGUGCACUUCGCUCAGGGAAUGCCCUUUGUUAGGUGGCAGCCGUCAGACGUCAAGGAGGAAGCACGGAGCAGUAUCAAAGCCUAUAUAGAGGCCACUAAAGCAAAAACGGUGCUGGAGCCGGUGUACCUGGAUGCCAGUCAAACCUGGGAGAAAUGGGCGGGGCUUCCACAGAGCUCCUGUGACAUUAUUAUAGCAAUCAACCUGCUUCAGUACAGCCCCUUCAGAACCGCAGAGGGUGUGUUUAAAGGAUCUGGGCAGGUGCUGAAGCAGAACGGCCUUUUAAUGACUUACGGACCGUACGCUAUCAACGGAACGAUCACACCAACCUGCAAUGAGCAGCUUGACCACACAUUACGCCAGAUGAAUCCGGAUUGGGGUCUUCCAGACAUCGAUGUGCUCAGGCAGCUGGCGUUCAGUAACGGGAUGAGAAUGGAACGAAUGAUCGAGAUGCCCGAGAGCAACAAAUGCCUUGUCUUCAGAAAACUGUAGGAAACCUGUCCAUUCAGAGAACACGGAUCCAGUUUCCGCGCUGAAUUAUUUCGCUUUUUCUCAUCGGGCCUGCUCUUCAAACACACAAACACAGAUUGACAUUGUUUUAUUGUGCACAUACUUUCAGAGACAAGAAAAAAAAAAAAAAACAUUUCCACUAAUGUAUGACCGAUAAAAGAACAAGAUACUUAUUAAAUAUGAUCUUAAAAUGACUUUUUAACAUGAGGCGGAUCAGUAUGGAAUAAAGAUGAUAUUAAAGGGGUUACAGAUGUCA